AUGGACACUGUGAAACCGCAGAUUCCGGGUGCAAUUGAGAACCAAAUGGCGGUGGAGCUGGCUGAUUUCCCUACGACGACUAAUCAUGGCGUCGAAGCUUUGAAAGAUAUCAUAUAUGGAUCUAUCGCCGGAAUCGCCGGGAAAUUCAUCGAAUAUCCUUUCGACACCGUGAAAGUUCGUUUACAAUCCCAACCGGCCGGCCUCCCACUAUUAUACAAGGGCCCCAUAGACUGCUUUCGCAAGUCCUUUCAGGCCGCCGGCAUCAAUGGGUUGUAUAGGGGCAUCAGCGCCCCCCUCGUCGGCGCAGCGCUUGAGACCAGCAGUCUCUUCUUCAGCUACCGUGUUACACAGGACCUUCUCAAAGCGACACUCUGUGCGCCGGAAUCUUCCGAUGGCGAUUCUGCAGCUGCAGGUGAAUUACCGCAGUCCGCGCUACUCCUCUGCGGCGCAGCAUCGGGUGCUUUCACAUCCCUCCUCCUCACACCUGUAGAGCUCAUCAAGUGCAAGAUGCAAGUUCCCCCUGAAAGCGGUGCGGCCAGCUCGAGCUCGGGCUCACUCGUGUCUAAUAAAAAGGCCCCCGGGCCCAUCUCUCUAAUUGUAGCCGUGUUCCGACACGAGGGCUUACUUGGCUUCUGGCGCGGGCAGAUGGGCACCCUCAUCCGCGAAACCGGCGGUUCGGCGGCAUGGUUUGGUAGCUAUGAAGGCGUGUUGGCCUUUUUCAAGAAGCACAACGCAUCGAAGUCCUCGGCUGCCACUCCUACCGUUUCAGCUACCACCUCAAUCAAAGCUUCUUCAAGCACCGGUGGUACGGUCACUAGUGCAGGCAGCGGCAUUGAUGUCGCUGGUAGCGAGCCGCUGGUCCACCAACGCCUCCUCGCCGGUGCUGCAGCAGGGAUUAGUUAUAACUUCAUCUUCUAUCCUGCAGACACCAUCAAGUCACGCAUGCAGACUGAAAACUUCACGCAUGCCGUCGGCGGGGACAGAGCCAGCAGCAGCCGUCCCACGUUUUGGGCUGUCGGUAGGGCUCUGUGGAAGCAGCAGGGCCUGGCGGGAUUAUAUCGUGGUUGCGGGAUUACUUGUGCACGCUCAGCGCCUAGCUCUGCGUUUAUCUUUACGAUUUAUGAGGCCUUGAGGCGGUAUCUUUGA